AUGGGCAACAGCAACAGCUCGGAGAGCGGCGGCGACGAUGAGAACGUCGUCAACUGGGUCGCCCUUGUCAUCUCGCUAGUCGCGCUGCUGGGAACCUUCGCCCAGGUCUUCCAACAGUACAUUGCCUCGGCCGCCGGGUAUUCGAACUGCGGCGAAAGCGUCAUGGGAAGGUGGCACAUGAGCAAAAAACGAAAAUUCCGGGCGACCGAGCUGCGUUUCGAGGUCGAGUUCGAGACCCCCGUCUUCUUCGUCUGCCCGACCACGAAUGAAAGGGGCCCUAUCAAAAAUCAGCCCAUCACCUUUGUGAGCGGCACACCGGACAGCUUGCGAGACACGAGGGCAUUACUGCCCCAGGAGGAAGAGGCCCAGCGCCAAUCGCUGCAAGAGAGCACAGUACACACUGCCGACAAUGAGAGGGCCUCAUGGGUCGUGCUGCUCUCGCAGUUGCAAUCCAUGGAGAAGGAAAGCCAGCAAUGGCAGCUCGAUCAUUACAAGGCAAACCCGCCUCAGGCACUGCCCCCCGUCGACUUCUUGAAACACACGCUCGCCGUCGCCCUGCAGGCUAAGAGACGGAGUUGGGAUACCAUGCCCGCCAGCGUCAAGAAGCCCUACGCCACUACCACCAUGUGCCACCUCCUCGAGAUCGUCGCUAUGAUGGGGAUAUACUGGAAGGAGUUUGACCGGUCACGGGAGCGAUACCGGGCCGAGGGGAACGGUUAUAUCCUGACGGGCACCAACGUCCCCGAUCUCGGCAUCAUGUUCACCCUCCAGGUUACCGGUAAGAGCCGCUUCCGGGAAAAUAGGGUGAUCCCAGUCGACGAGGUCAAGGAGCUGUGUUGCGGCUAUGUGUCAACCCUGUUUCAAGAGAGCAAAGAUACGCGUAGGGUCGAAGUUCUUGACACGGAAAACAAGAAUGACAAGGACACCAAGGACCUGAGUUUCCUCCAGCUCGGCAGUAUGGACGAGAUCGCUGAAACUAUGGUCCUCAUCGAGUGCAACACCGAUACAGCCAAGUAUUUCCGGUCUCCAGAGGCUAAGCACGGUCAUCUCUUCCAAGUCCCCUUUGAGCUUGUUGGUAUGCUCGGCAAGACCCUCCAUAUCCGCAACAGCGGCUUUCGCAUGCUUCCAAACCCCACACCAUACCACUGGGAUAAGAACUUUUUCAACAUGCGGAGGCUGGUGAGGGAAUACUGGAAAAAGAUCACCGAUACGGACACCGACGUGCCCUGGAAUGAACAGAUCCAACAGUUAAUGGAAGAUUCCGACAUGUUGGUGCGCGCCCUAGAUGUGGAUAAGAAGUCCAAAACUCCCGGAUAUUCCAUGCCGCUACUCAACACCCUUCACGAUGUCUUGGACCAGUGUGACGAUUUCCUCAAGAAAAGCGACCGGGAUCUUGUGCGUAUGGUUGUCCGCGAACACUUCCAGGAAGUCAUGAAGAUGAUCAACGAUAAAAGCGGCGCCGAAUCGGAUUUCGACACCAAGAGCGCGCGAAGCGGCGGCGGCAAGCAACUGACAGAACACUUUGACGAGCUCACGGCCGCCAGCCCGGAGCUGCGCCAGGAGGCCUUCAUGGAGCUGUACUUCUUCAAGGUGCUCCGCCAGGUCCGGGCCCGCGCUGUCAUGUCAUAUGGGCGCCGACAAACCACCCAAUACGCGCCCUCGGUGCAUUCCCCGGAGCCCUCCUUCGACAGUGAGGCCGAGGCCAAGCCGUCCGCCCCGUCACCCCCCGCCUCUGCCGCUCCGUCUCUGCCGAUAUCGCCGGCCGUGCCGCCGGCUCACCUCAGGCACGAGAGGACUCAUUCGGCUCAGUCAGUCCCCAUGCUGAACGUCCCGGACCACGGGCCACACCAGGACCCUGAGGACGAGACGACAAAACUUGAGUCAACAGCGUCGGCCAUCUGGUGUACUCUCGUGCUGAGGAUGUUGUGUUGGUUACUGCUACACGAUUUCAACAAAAAAGACGUGCAGAUUUCCAAAAGUGAGCUGCUCGGAAGUCGGCUGCCGGUUUAUAUCGCUUAG